ACAGCACGGGCAGAGCCACUCGGACAGGGCAAGCGCAGCGCUGUCGUCCCCCGCAGCCGCGCAAUGGUACAGCCCGGCCGGGUAAAGCGUCCGGGCGACGGUGGCGGCUAAGAAGGCAGUAUGGGGCUGCGCGCGGGUAGAGCGCUCCGCGGGGCGGGCGCUGGGCCGGGCGCUGGGCCGGGGGCUCCCGAGGGACGGGGACCCGGUGGCGCUCAGGGAGGCAGCAUCCACUCGGACUGCAUCACCGCGGUGCACAACGUGCCUAUCAGCGUGCUCAUCCGACCGCUGCCGUCCGUGCUGGACCCGGCCAAGGUGCAGAGCCUCGUGGACACGAUCCUGGAGGACCCUGACAGCGUGCCCCCCAUCGACGUCCUCUGGAUCAAAGGGGCCCAGGGCGGCGACUACUACUACUCCUUCGGGGGCUGCCACCGCUACGCAGCCUACCAGCAGCUGCAGAGAGAGACCAUUCCUGCCAAGCUCGUGCAGUCCACCAUUUCGGACCUGAGGAUGUACCUGGGCGCAUCCACACCAGACUUGCAGUAGCAACCUUCUGAUGAUGUCCCCUGCCCCCUGCACACCAGCACCACUUCCCAGAGCUCAGAAGACACAUGCGGCUGGGCGGAAGCUGUAGCGAGGAUAUGUUCUCAUUGUACCUAAGGGGGGAGGGGGCGGUGUCUGCCUCAUGGUGGCCUCUGCACUAGCACCCAGGCCCAGGAGUGAGGGGACCCGGUUCUCCUGUCUGUGAAAAGAUAUCAUGACCUUGAUGCUGAAAGAGGAGGAAGUGAGCAAAGGAAAGGACGUGGUGACAAGGACUCCUCCCGUU